AUGAUAAAUAUUGAAGUGCCAUCCACUUCAGGGCUCAUCGUGAACGUCGCCUUGAACGUCUUUUCUGCAUUUACAGCGAUCGUUUUCAAUAGCAUAACGAUACAAGUUAUAAAGAAAACUUCCUCUUUACCAAAUCCUUUGAAAAUAUUACUGUUGAGUCUUGCCCUUUCUGAUCUUGCUGUUGGUUUAGUCGCUCAACCAUUGUGGAUUGUAAACAUUUUGAGGAAAAAGGAUACCGAAGUGUUAUGGAUCAUCCAAUCUGCACUGGCCAACGCUUCGUUCCUAGGUAUCAUGGCCCUGAGCGUGGAUCGAUUUCUAGCAGUUCAUCUUCAUCUCAGAUAUCGGGAACUUGUGACUUACAAGCGCGUUCUUCGUCUGGCAAUCUUAACAUGGGUGCUUAGUGCCCUCCUUUCAUUCAUUUGUUAUUUGGUCACUAAAAAUUUGAACCCGUUUAUGAACAUCACAAUCAUCGUCUGGAGUCUUUGCCUAAUUUUCUUGACUGUUAUCAGCUGCAGACUUUACUUUGCAGUAAGAGUCCAUACAAAGCAGAUUCAAGCUUCACAGUUAAAUCAAACAGCACUGAGUGAUGAACUGGCAAAUGCCUUUAGGCUGAGGAAAUCCUCAGUAAGCUCAUUUUAUGUAAAUUUUGUGUUUUUAGUUUGUUAUUUGCCAUUCUUUUGUAGUCUUAUUACCGGGAUUUUCUUCAAGAAGGCAGCCUUUACGAACAGCCAAAUUUGGCAGGAACUGUUUCUUUUGUCUCGAACACUAAUGUUUAUAAAUUCUUGCCUAAAUCCUGUUAUUUAUUGCUGGAGAAUGAGAGACAUCCGACACGCUAUCAAGGACAUACUGAGAAAUACAUGUACAUACAAAAGAUAGAAGACUUA